CAAAUAACACAAUAUCUAGGUCAUCAGGAAUGUAUCGGUCAAAGGUCAAGCAACAUGGCGGACGCUCCGCAAGCUAUAGUCGUACCUGCCGACCAUCGUCAGAUGGAUUUUCCUACCUUUCUGAAGUUACACCGAGGACAGCUGGUUAAUUCUGGAGUCCCCGAGAUCUAUUGGCCAAGUGUGCAAAAGAAGAUCCGAGAUGAAGUCUAUGAUGCGGGGAGGUAUUUUGGGAUGAUGCAAGUUGAGUCUGAUGAGGAGGAGGAAGAGGGGGGUGGGGACAGGAACAACCCCACCCCUGGGGAGCACAGCUGGUGUGUCGUGGUCACAAGUGAGGAUGGAGUGGACACCAGCGACGCAAGCAGUAUCUUCUUGGUUGACCAUGCGUGGACGUUCCAGUACGGUUAUGCACGGUUACAGCUACAGAAAGUCCUGGGACUUCUGGAUAGAAUGGCCGCCCUGAUGGACAUAACUGAGGAGAUGUCUGAAGAGGAGAAGACAGAGAGGGUUCUGGAUGAGAUGUGGAGGUUUACCUGGCAUUAUAAGUUGGACUUUCAGGGAGCUACUGCUGAUGACAGGAUAGCGUUCUGGUACGUGAAUGAUGAGUUUGGGUCCAGGAUCCAACACUCAGAUGAGCCGACGUGCAGAAUGGUGCCUUUUUACUACGUCCCCACCAAAACAUCCUACACUCUCAUGUGGCUGUUACAGGACCUGGACUCUGGAGAUGAGUUGACCAAGGAUUUUGCUGACGGACUAUCUGACGAAACGGAGAGAAAAUGUCGGCUUCUUGCCUGGAUACCAGAGGACUUUACUCACAUCACACCGAAUGAAGGAAUUUCAAUAGACGAUGCAUUUUUCGCGGCUAGACUGAAAGGAUCCAGGGAGACUUUACCAAUCCCAGAAGCCACCAGGAAUCCACUGACCAAUAGGGAAGCACCUUACAAAGUGUACACAGACAUCCAGGUGAUCAGAGACAACCUGACUGAUUCGCGGUUCCAACUAGUGGAGGAGGAAAGCCAAGCAGAUAUCAUUUGGAUGAAAGAUCAUAUCAGAGACUUCAAGACCUUCAGUGUAGAGCGCCCUGAGGUAUACCUGAACCAGUUCCCCUUUGAGGGUAUCCUGACUGGCAAAGACUGCCUGGCGUACAUUGGUCAAGCGACAGUAACCAAUCAGGAGCCAGGAGCUCUGGAGAAUGGACCAAAAUGGCUGCCAACGACCUUUAACCUUUCCUGGGCACUCCCAAAGUUUGUGUCAAGUUUUCAACAAAGAGAGGAAAGGGGUCUGGAUAACCACUGGAUCUUGAAGCCGUGGAACCUGGCACGAGGUCUGGACACUCAGGUUACCAACAAACUACAUCAUAUCAUCAGGCUGUCAGAGACUUCUCCUAAGGUUGCGUGUAAGUACCUUGAGGACCCAGUUCUGUACUACAGAGAGGACGUUGGACAGGUGAAGAUGGACAUUCGCUACAUCGUCAUGCUUCAGUCGGUCAAACCACUCAAACUCUUCACCUACAAGGUGUUCUGGCUACGAUUCGCCAACAAACCCUUCUCCCUGGACCACCUGGAUGAAUAUGAGAAACACUUCACAGUGAUGAACUACACAGAAGGUGGUACUAAGUUACAUCAGGUUCACUAUGACGACUUCAUCCCCAUCUUUGAAAAGCAGUACCCAGACUUCCCAUGGAAGGAUGUAGAGUCGUCCAUUUUCGGUGCCUUCAGAGAGCUGUUUGAGUCAGCUGUGAGUAGAGAGCCUCCGUGUGGGAUCGGGCAUUACCCCAUGUCCAGGUCAAUCUACGCUAUUGAUCUCAUGCUGAAAUGGAAAAGGGGUGAACAAGGAGAGAGGACUAUGCAGCCAGUGUUACUUGAGGUGAACUUCUGCCCAGACUGUGAUCGAGCCUGCAAGUAUCACCCCAACUUCUUCAACGAUAUCUUCUCAACGCUCUUCUUGGACGACUUUAAAGACAGACCAGUAGCAGUCAUCUCUUAAAACUCUAGUCGUGUGGUGGCCAACAAUUGUUGUUCUGCACAU